AUGGGACUGACUCUUCCCUGGCAGGCCAAUGGGUACCUUCGUUGGUCGGGCUGGCUGCAGUUCUUCCCCACCCUGUUCCUUUCCAUUGCUGCGACUCUUGCGGCUUCCGCUGCAGCUCGGUUGGGUUUCCUAUGGGUGUAUGGGCUCCUUGCCUUCCUCGCAGCCCUUCUUGCUGGCCUGCUUCUCUUUGAUGUCGCCACCAUCAAGCUGGGAGCCCACCCUGUCGAGCCACUUCCCAAGCCGCCCAACUUCACCGACCCUUUCGAUGUGAUCUUGCGGCGGCGCUCCUGCAGAGCAUUUCAGGACCGAAGGCUCACAGCAGCCCAUCUCCAGGACCUCUUGCAUGUCAGUGAGGUCUUCGUGCAGCAGUCCCGACUGUUAGGGGAGGCGCCGAUCCGGCUCGUUUACGUGCAGGCGCCGCUGACCGUCUGGCCUGUGGUGGGCGCUCAAGAGUUCUUGGUGGCAUUGGUCCCGAAGCAAUAUGACCGCAUGUCGGUCCUGGAUGUAGGUCGGAGCCUACAGCGAGUUGUGCUCCAUGCUACCAGCCUGGGGGUAGCCACAUGCUGGAUUGGCCCUGGCACAGAUCAUCAAAGUGUCAUUGCUGCCCUGGGCCCGCGAUACAACAGCGACAAGGAGCGCAUCUGCUGCGUCUGUGCCAUGGGGUAUGCGUCGCGCUACGUCCCGUCUUUCGUUGCAGCGAUGCAACGCUUUAAAAGCAGAUCGCGCUUGCCCCUUCGAUCUCUGUUCUUUGCGGACGCGGAGUUUCACACGCCCCUGGACACCGGUGCAUCUCCCUUCCGGCGCUAUGAGCGAUGCUUUGAGGCAUGCCGCUGGGCUCCAUCGUCUACGAACGCCCAGCCAGUGCGCUGCAUGGCAGUUCCCAGCAAAAGGCGGUUUGACUUCUUCGCUGCGUCAGCCUCGCGGUACUACACUCCUGUGGCCGUGGGCAUUUGGCUGGCCAAUUGGGAGGUAGGAUGUGAGGCCCUGGGAAUCAAAGGCCGCUUCUUGCACCUUGACGAAAAGGAACGAACUCCUGGUGGGAGAUCUGACUUGAAGUUGCCCAGCUAUGACAUGAGCUGGGUGGAGCUAGCUGAGGAACACCAGGUCCCUACGUAG